GGAAUCAAAAGCCCGCGCGCGAUUCGCUCGUAGUGCGGUUUCGCGCUCGGAACUGGCAGUGUGUGUUGCUGUAACUGUGUUCCCCGAAGAGUGGACAUCAAAAUCAAUUACCGCAAUCACACUUGGCGCACCGCGGCCCGUAUUGUUCCCCGAAUUCGGAGACGCGGUGGCGAAGUGAUUGACGGUGACGUGCGGCGUCGGAAAAAAAUCGACCAACACGAGUUAUUUCGAGUGAAGUCUGAGUAGACAAAUCAUUUUUUACCGAGAUAUAAAUCGUGAAAAGUAGUGGUUUGAAAAUAUAUUUUCAAAGAUGGUGGGAAAAUCAAUUAUAUUUAAACGCAACAAUUAAUAGUUUUCCGUGUCGACAGAUUUGUUGACACACUCAGAUGAUUGCGUAUUAUCUUUUUUUUCACUUGAGUUAUCGUGUACACGUUCGCGAAGUGAUUCAUCAUCUCGGAAGUGCGUAUCGAUCGCGAUUCUUAUGCUAUCUCUAUAGUCGCAACGCAUAGUGCAAGUCACAAAACGUCCGCUGCACUGAAUGCGCUGCACUGCAUCGACGCUACAAUUUCUCCACAACGUUCUGAAAAGGUUCGACUAGAUUACCCGAAAACAAAAAGACUCAAACUCGCCACGAACGUGAUUGGGAUUGCAUCGCUGAGCCGAUCGAAGACAGAUGUUGGCUCCGUGCCACGAGAGAAUCCGCGUUUUCGGGAAGAAGAUCGUGAUACAUGCGGCUGCUGCCAUGCAGUCGCUGAUCGUUGUCUCUCCUGCGUUCUGGAUUAUUCACGAGGAAGAGGGAAAUAUCGAGGAACGGGGUGAAAACGCGCGUAACAUGUAGCGAAACUCGCCAGGCGUCGCGACGCGAGUGUGUUUAGUUAAUAAUGUCGCUCCGCGAAGUCGGUCGCCGAAAUUAAAUUCGGUCGCCGCUCUUCUCUCCGUUGGACGCGCGCCGCCUCUCUCCCGGAAGCGGACGCCGUGCAUACCGAAGACGAGGUUUCGCGAGAAAGGACGCCGCGAGGAGUAACGUGCGAGACUACUUCGAGGUUGCGUCAAUUAAGCGAGCAAAUAAUCCCUGAAAAUGUGACGAUACACAAAGCGCCGCGAUCUGUGCCACUUGUACGGAAUGCUUCAUUAGAAAGCGCCGCAUUAUUCGGAUUGAAUUUGAAUGAUUAAUUCUGCACUGAGUUCAGAUCGAUAUUUCUGCAUUAAAAAUUGGCGGUGCAGCUUGUCGUGGCCUUUUUACAUUUCGAAUUCCGGGCGCAGACCGAAUUUGGCGUACAAGAAUCGCGACGCGCGUUCUUGAGUAGAAGACAAUCGCGGCAAAAACGCGAGGAUGGCGAGUGAGGUGAUGCUGGCGCCUACGCCGGCGUCCAUUCGGGAGAUGGACGAUGUCAGGGAUAUGGUUAGAAAUGCAACCGUCACCACGAUUUACGCCAAACAACGUGCCUCCGUAAAAUGGCUCUUAUCGAAGGCAUACAACAAUCGAGUGCCAGAAAAGCUCCGCGAGCCGUAUUAUCGUGAUCAUGAGGAGCAAGAACACCUUAAACCGCAGAUCGUGCACGCGCUUUCAAAUGCGGAGCUCUAUUGUCUCGCCCUGGCCAACAUAUACUCGGAUCCCAACUAUCACAAUCAGAAUCACUACGGGAUCUUGCAAGCCCUGGCCAGGAAAGGCGUCUACGUCACGGAGCAAAACAAUACUCAACUCACCGAAACGAUCCUCAUUCAAAAUUCACCACUCAAGAUGUCUGCGCAUAUGGCUGUGAUAGAAGGCCUGAUGGUCUUGUACGCGAAGGAGGUGGUGACGGGGGACCGGGUGGUCUCGGCGAUACGGCGAUUCGACCCACAGGCCGAAGUUGACGUACCAUCGGAUCACGAGAAGGGCCUCCUGCUCUGGAUCAAUCACGCGUCGCGUGCAUUAAUCGCCAAGAUACAGAGCGAGGAGGGCGCCGGCGAUAAAACGCGGCUACCCGAAUUGCCCGCCGCCAAGGACUUCCAGUCCCUGUGCGACGGCGUCGGUCUGGCAGCUGUCGUCGCGUUCUACUGUCCCGGCGAGCUCAGCUGGAUGGAGAUCAGAGUGUCAAAGAGACCAUCGGUGGCCGACGCGCUGCACAAUCUUUCUUUGGUGCACGCGUUUUGCAUCAAAUGCUUGCCCUACUCGAUUUUCCACAUGCAGCCCGAGGAUGUCACGUAUAUGAGAGGGUCCAUGAAGCAGAAUCUAGUUGUUUUCCUGGCGGAUAUGUACAACGUUCUAGAAAUUCAUCCGGCGAAAUGCGUGCGUUAUCCCGGAGAGGAACGGGCGAUGCAAUACUUAGAUGCCUGCCCGCGCAAUAGUCAUGGCGUAGCUCAUAAGAGAAGCCUGCCACAGUCUAUAGCUCCGAUACCUGAUCUGAGAAGCAACCUCUCCGUAUCCGCGCCAGGCUUCACAGUUACGAAGUCGACUUCAAGCACUUCUGUGAAAAAGUCACAAUCUUUGCAACAAACUACCGAGAGUCAUCCAUACGACGACAGGCGCGCAGGCAGCGAGGAAAGCUUCGUAGUGCACCGUGGCAAGGGCAUUCCCACGCUAAGCUCCGUAGCCGAUGACAAAUCCGCAGCCAGAACCGAAGCCGCUGGUCGGCCGAGCAACUGGGAGGACCAACGACGAAGCUCUUAUGCCGGACGUCGGUCGAGACGGAACAGCAUCACGGACGAUUCUCAGCUGACCAUCGAGAACUUUGGCGGUUCUCAGGAUAAUUUACACAAUUUUGGUAGAAAUCCGGAUAAAGAGGUAGGCGCGCACAUCGGUAAGCGCAGCACGACCGAGCCGACGUUGCCGGCGCGAUCCAGUGUUCAGGAUGUAUACGGCAGCGGUGUUCAGCAUAUAAUUGCGGACAACGGCUACGGCGGCGGCGAGGAGCCGCCGAGGUUGCGGCGACAGGCGUCCAACUCCAGCCUGGACACCGUUGCUCUUCGGCACAUCUUACAUUCCAGCGCAGAGAACGACGGCGGUGCGGAUAUUGGCGGCGGUGGCGGCGACGCUAUUUCGGCCACGAAGUUUGCUAGUUUUGCGAAUCUGAGCAGGCAGAGCUCUGAGAAAGGGAUCAAUUUUACGUACAUGGAACAGGAGCGAUUGGACGACGCUAAGUUGAACAGAAAGCACGGUCAGAGCAACGGCAACGGAAACGGCGAGAAGAAAACGACGUUCGCCACUCUGCCCAACACUACCACGUGGCAACAGCAGAGCAGUCAGCAGUCGCAACAAAUGGAGCAACAUUCUAUCGACGAGAAUGGCGGUAAUACCAUAAUGGCCUCGCAGUUGAAUAAUAUACGACUGAAGCUUGAAGAGAAACGACGGCAUAUAGAGAAUGAGAAGCGAAGGAUGGAGGUUGUUAUGUCGAAGCAACGGCAGAAAGUGGGCAAGGCGGCGUUCCUGCAAGCGGUCACGAAGGGUAAGGUUAAAUCUCCUUCUUCGUCAACGUCCGGGGGGGACAGUCCGGCCGAGACAAUCGGUCCCCCCACUCCUGUAACCUCCGGAUCUUCCGGGGCGACCCCGACGAGCGUUUCCGAGGCGUCCUCUGUACCCCAACAACCCCCUCAAGAAAAACCACAGAGACCCUUCUCGCUCAAGGAAAUUAGUGAGGAUGUGCGGGAUGUCGAGCACAAGUGGUUGGAGCACGACGGCAAUGCGCCAUUCAUCGAAACCAGACGCACUCCAGAUAUCGAGAACAUGGAUCCCGAGCAGUAUCGUCAAUCUAUAUCGCAAAUGAAUAAUAGCUUGAGCGAGAUUCAAGCGGACAUACAGCGUCUGUCGGACCAGCAGAAUCAGAUUCAGCAGCAACACCUGAUACAACAUCAGAAACAGAUGCAGCAGCAGCUUCAGCAACUGCAUAGUCUUAGUCAGCAGCAUAUGCAAACUUAUGGAAUGCCGCCGAUGAAUCCGCUAACGCCCAGACUGCAGGAGUCGCAGUUCUAUUUGCACGACCAGCCGCAGGUGCAGAGGAGAAUGUGGGGUCAGCCGGCGCCCGCUCAGAGUCUGGCUAACGAAAUGGCCGCGGUGGGCUACCAGCAGCCGAUGGAUUCACGGUUUAGCCCUCAACCCGCCGCUUAUCAGCAGGACAUGCGCAUGUAUGCGGAUCCCACGAGGACUUGGGCCGCGCCGCACCCGGCGCAAAAAGGAUUUGUCCUGCACGAUACUCAGGAACCAAGGUACCUCAACGGUGGGGAUCAUAGUCUUUGUAAUAAUCAAAUGAGCCAUCCCGGCCCCACGUAUCCAGCGUCUUCGUCGAUUUUCAACCAAACACAAGCCCCGUCUGCUAGUCCACAGCAUCGUAACGCCGUUCAUCGAAUAAGUCAGUUAAUUAGCGAAAGCCCCGAGCCUAAAAGAACAACUGUACAUCAUAUCCCGAUCUCAUGUGAAAGUCCGACGGAAAAGAGGCAGGUCGCUUUGCACACUCCAGUGCCAGCUCCGCCUGUCGAUGAUAUGAAGCCCCAAAAUAUAUCUUUCAUUGGUAACGAUGACGAUCUCGCGCAAGGUAUUCGCAACUUGAACAUCACGUCGGGCAGUCGUACGUAUAGAAUACCUUCGCCAACCAGACCUACGAUAUCACAAAAUUCCUUCCAACCUCAUCCGUCGUUGAGAGAGACGGCUUCGUCGCGUUCGGCCACUCCGGAUGUCACGCCUCUUGAUCAUACAGAUGCGGGUGAGAAAGGGUUCUACAUCUCCUUCGACAAUGACGCUCCUAAGAAGCCAAAACCGACUCUCAGAGUGAAGAGGACGUCCCCGAAGAAGGAACGGAGUGUAUCAUCUUAUAUCGAGCAUGAAGACUUUACGGUGCGUCCUGAAUCGCCUCCUGCUAACACAAUUGAAAGGCAGAAACAAAUGGAAGCUCAGAGAGAAUUGGAGCGGGAGAGAUUGCGACAAGCUGAGGAGAGAGAACAGCAGAGGCAAGAAAUGAGGGAUAGAGAACUCAAGAGAGAAAUGGAGAGGGAACGGCAGAGGGAAAAACAGCGCGACGGCAGCACGGACAGCCGACACGCUUCCGGAGUUGGUUUGAUGAUUGGGAACCAACUCACGAAUCCUGAUCCAAAUUCUAUGGAUGAAAUGGAGAAGAAGAAGGAGAGGAUAAUGCUGAUGUCGCUGCAGAGAAGACAGAGGCAGGAAGAAAUGAAGGAAAGGAAGGAAGCUGAGGCCCAGGCGCAAAGAGAAAAAGAGAAAUUGAAAGCGGAGGAAAGAGCUCGCAAGAAAGAGGAGGAACGACAAAGAAGAGCCGCAAUCUUGGAACAUCACAAAGUGAAGAAGGCGAUAGAAGAAGCGGAGAGAGAAGGUAAAGUAAUCGAUAAGGAGCUCCUGAAUGCGAUAAAUCCAGCAAAAUUACGAAACAAGACUGCAACCGCUCGACCACGGCCGAAAACGAUUCACGGCGACGCUGGCGCAGUGUUGGAUUCCGGAGCUCUUACACCUAGUCGCGGGAAGAAGGGUUCUUCUUCCAACUUGAGUACAGCGUCGCUGACUUCUCCGACGAUGAGGCGAGACUACUACCGGGGCUCGCAGGACAGUCUCACUACUGCCCAUCUCGACGACCGACGUUGUUCCGGCCCUCUUUAUCGGGGCGGCAGUCUCAGGGUAUCUUCCGUAGAUUCGCCCGACGACGGCAGGGGCUCUUCACCUUGUCGCAGCGUGAACCAGCUCGGUCGACGCGGCUCCUACAAGACCUCAAGAGAUGCGCAGGAGUCUCAGCAACAAGUUAGAGGCAGGCCUAAAUACCAGACUUACCAAAACUUUAAGGGGAGAAAGUCUAAUUCCCUGAUGAAUUUGUGCGAUUCGGACAGCGGCCUGGGCAGAUCAACGCCGCCGAGACGAGCUGCCAGUCCGGGUAUAGGCAGCAUGAGGCACCUGACGUCACCCUCGGGCCCCGGCUCGCUACCACCCGCUCUAAUGACGUCGAAGAAGAGAGUCUACGACGACGGCAGCAGCGACAUCAGCAGCACGCCCAGUUCUAUGAUGGACUACAAUGGACCGAGACUGUAUAAACUGCCGAUAGCCAAGUCGAACCGCAAUAUUAUGCUAAACGCGGUGGAGUACUGCGUCUUCCCCGGCACGGUGAACAGGGAGGCCAAGUCGAGGGUCCUGGAGGAGAUUGGUCGGUCCGAAAGCAAACACUUCCUCAUCCUGUUCCGGGACGCCGGCUGCCAAUUUCGCGCUCUCUACUCGUACUGUCCCGAGAGGGAGGAAGUAGCCAAGCUCUACGGUACUGGGCCCAAGCAAGUCAUCGAUAAUAUGUUCGACAAGUUUUUCAAAUACAAUUCCAGCGGGAAGUGCUUUUCGCAAGUUCACACGAAGCAUCUGACUGUGACCAUAGAUGCCUUUACGAUACACAACAGCCUCUGGCAAGGUAAAAAGGUGAACUUACCGAACAAGAAGGACAUACCGCUCGUCAUAUAGUUUUACACAAGUGGUCACACACUUAACAUUACGCUACCGUGCCCUCUGUUGUUCAUAGUUACUAUUUUAAUACAGGCCCAUAUUAAAUUAAUGCGAGUACGUUGCGUUCUUAGUCAAUUUUAUAAGGACAAACUGAUCGGUGCUGACCCCCGUUAUGGGAUAAUUAGUGCUGGUGCGCGAUUCUCGCGGCUUUCGAAAGGGGUGAAAACCGGAAGAGAGAAGCGUUGUUACCAGGAAGUAUGUUUUUUUCAUUUUUUUUUUCUUGCGUUUUCCAUUUUUCGUUGAGAGCGUCAGCAUCAAUCACUGUGUCAUAAGAUUACCAGUAUCUAUUUAUAGGAAUGGUUUGUUGUCAAUACACUCUCUUGAGGGGGGAAUCCCAAUCGACGAGCGCAAAUUCAUAUGUAACUUUGUAACCUUUUCUUUUUUUCGAGAAUUAUGCACUGGAAUUAAUUUCAAUUUUGAGGGUAUUUUUAUAUACUUAUGAACAAAAGAAAAAUCAUUAGUUAACAAAAAAAAAAAAAUUAUUGAAGAAAUUAUUUAAACAAUUGUGAGGUUCUCUGUUUCAAAAGUUGCCGUGCGACGUCCAGCAUAGCGACUGUUCUACUUAUUUGAAGUGAAAAAACAAAGAAGAUUUUUCUUUUUUAAGAAAUUGCGCAGGUAGUGAACCUUGAUUCGAUGGAAAAAGUGCAAAAUUGACAAAAUGGUGGCAGUUUGAAAAAAGGUAUUUUUUUUCGUCAUUUUAUUAUACAAUUAAACAAAUUAAAUUAAACAAUUUUAUUAUUUUUGGAGAUUUAUUACCUGAAGAAAAUAUUUAUGUAAAUGUGUGCAUUAGUAGAAAUGGGUCGGUUAAAUAUUUUUCUAGUUAUGUUGCACGCCAAUUUGAAAAAAAAGUGAUUUUGAGAGAGAGACGCGCUACAUUCUAACGGACUGUAGCUCCAUUUAACGUUCGAGUUCCGAAUUAAAGCUUUGGAAACAUAUUUUCGAAAUGCUAAACUGUCGAUUCAUUGGAAUUUCGAUUUUUGGGUCCCGUCGAUUGGGGUUCCCCCCUUAAAUACACCCUUCCCUCUUUUUUGCGGACUAACUCUCGACAUGUAACCGCCUUGUAAUCGUGUAAAUCGCUGUGUUACGACUACGUGAACGCGCGCGGCUGUGUGGAUGUGUGCGCGAAAGGUUGAUUUUUCUUAAAUUCACUCUUCAAAGAGGAGAAGACGAUGGCGACGGUGUAAUCUGUUCAUGUACGCGAUUCGCGCAGGUCUUUCUCCGUUCUUUGUAUACUAGGGAUCUAAAUUUUUGAACGAUUAUUCUGUAGAGCGAUUGAAAGUUUUUAAAGAUUGUAAGGUAACAACGCGAAUGUGAGGGAUCAUUAAUUUUAGAUGUGUCUCGUGCCCAAAUCGUUGACUUUAAACUCGUUUUUAUUUUUUUCCCGCCCUUUUGUAUAAAUAGCAUGUAAUGCAAUCUCGCCGAAGAAUGUCGUUUCUUUUUCUUUUUAUAUAUCAGCCCUUUUUUUUUAUCGGGAAACGUUGUUUUUUGAUACUCGCUCAUUAUAUUUUAUCGCUUGAGAUACGCAUCGGCAGAGUGUUCGUCGCGGUUCGAACGGACGGAAUUGAGUCAAUGAUUUCUCAUACCUAGCGCGUAUGUUUUUCGUGGCUGUUGACAAUUGUGACGCGCAGCACGAUUUUUGCGGUGCCUCCCUUUUGAGAAGAGAUUCACGACACCGGGUGGCGGCGAGUGCCGGACGACAGCUCAUGUUGUAAAUAAAUAAAUAAGUUUAUUGCGCGAUUAGCGAAGCAAGAGUAAAAAACCAGCCUUACGAUCAAGGCGCCACUUGCGUAUGUUGCACGCGAAUCUGUUUCCUUGGGACGCUAGUGACGAUUGUUUGAUUUACGACGAUAUCCUUUCGAUCUAUAACCAACGAACGUUGGAAGGCACGCAUGCACUAGACGCGAAAAUUGCCAUCUUACCGCGAGCGAUGCGUGAAUUCUGAUUGGGAGAUUAGAUAGUUAUCAUUGUGUACAGAAAGUGGAUGUUUGCGUGAAUAUCGUUGCCUCGCCGGACAGGAUCGAAGUGCCCUCGGAAAACGCGAGCGUUCCGCGACGCUUCCUUCCGAGCGCGCUUCGACCGUUCUUCAUAUCGUCCGUGCUUUUACGUGCGAAAGGAAGGUGGAGGACGGACGCCGUUGAAACUGCGAACUUUAAACAAUAGAAACUUGCGCUUUUUCGAAUGAAACUCUACGUCAUCCCGCGAAAGUUCAUCGUCUCUGGAUUACAUUCUGUUUACCAGAAAUAAAAACGAGAAGAAGAGAACAAAAAUGAAGCAUUAUGUUGAGAAACUGUGUAAUAUUGGAUUGAGUGCGUAAAAACAUUUAACGAAUUGACAGUCUGA